AUGUUGGUUCGCGCUUUAUGGCAUUUCAACGAGAAAACUAAUCCAAUCCCACAAAGGAUUGUUCAUGGAACUACUAUCGAAAUUAUUCGGACCAUAUUUCCAAGUGUCAUUCUUUUGUUCAUUGCUAUACCAUCGUUUGCUUUGUUAUACUCAAUGGACGGGGUAUUAGUAGAUCCGGCCAUUACUAUCAAAGCUAUUAGAAAUCAAUGGUAUUGGAGUGCGCCUCUUAAGAGGGUGAUUUAA